GAUGAAUUCUCAUGGUAGUUUAGGCUUCAAAAUCACCAUAUUUCUGUUAGUAACAAUUUUUUGUGUUUCUAGCGGUUCUAUUAUGGAGGGAAGACAUGUAUCAAAUGAAGAUUACUUGGAGGCAAAAGGAUUAUUGAAGCGUUCCCGUCGUCCUAGCAUUAAGAGCAUUCAUCUCGAGGAUGGAGAUAUCUAUGAUUGUGUGCCCAUAGAAAAACAACUUGCUUUUGAACAUCCUGCUCUUAAGAACCAUACAAUUCAGAUGGAACCAACUUCUAUCCCUGAGUCAGUGAAGAAUGAUAAAAGCUCAAACCAUACUCGUCCAUAUAUAGGACUCAAAGGUGGAGGAUGUCCAGUUGGAUCAGUUCCUGUUCGAAGAAUUCAAAUUGAAGAAAUAUUAAGCUUCCCUUCUGUUAUAUCUUUUGGAAGGAAAGAUGUUUUUAUCCCAUCAGAACAUCGGUGGGCUCAAGUAAGAAUGCUUGGAGAAUUUUAUGGAACCAGAGGAGUCCUUAAUGUAUGGAAUCCUAAAGUCAGUUCUCCUGAUCAAUUUAGCCUUUCUCAGUUAUGGAUUUUGAAUGGGGAGGACGAGACCAUUGAAGCAGGAUGGCAUGUUUAUCCACAAAAGUAUGGUGGUGACACUAGAACUAGGUUGUUUACAUAUUGGACAAAGGAUAAUUAUCAACAUACUGGGUGUCUCAAUCUUGUUUGCCCUGGUUUUGUGCAAGUGAGCACUAAAGCACCAGUUGGUCUUGCGGUGGAGCCGGUUUCCACUUAUCAAGGAGCCAAAUAUGAGUUUAGUCUCCGCGUCCAAAAGGACACAAAGACAAGCAAUUGGUGGCUAUACUAUCAAGAAGAACCUGUAGGUUAUUGGCCAAGCAGUCUAUUCAAAGGUUUAGGGAGCGGUGCAGCAACUAGAGUUGAUUGGGGAGGUGAAGUUGUGAACCCGAAAACCAAUAAUGGGAAGUGGCCUCCAAUGGGUAGCGGUAAUUUCCCUGAUCCAAACGUAGCAAACUACGGUAAGAGUUGCUUCAUUUCGAACCUAUCGAUUUUCAAGAAAGACUCCUCCUGGGAUGAGUAUCCUCUUAAUCCUAAUAUAUUUGCAAGUAACUCAAAGUGCUAUAACAUAAUUGAUUACGGAUUGGUUGAUACUCAACGUAGAAGAGUUAUCUCCUAUGGCGGACCUGGUGGUUCAUGUUAAUUACAUGUUUUCUUUCUAUGACUGAUUAAAAAUAUUUAAUAAAUGAAAAGAGUUACCAGUUAG